UCCCAGCGAGCCCCGCGGGCUGCGACCUGCGAGCGACCCGGACUCGGGGCGGGCGGAAGCGGAGCCGGGCCCGGGAGGGAGCGGCCGGGCGGCGCGGCCCAGAUUUUGUAGCCAUGGCAGAGCCGGCAGGAACGAAGCCAAAGCGCAUCCUGGUAACCGGUGGCACCGGACUGGUGGGGAGAGGCAUUGAGAAGGUGGUUGCUGAUGGAGAGGGCAGGCCAGAUGAGGAAUGGAUCUUCGUGUGCUCCAAGGAUGCUGACUUAACGAACGCGGCGGAGACCAGAGCCCUGUAUGAGAAACACAGACCCACCCACGUGAUCCACUUGGCAGCCUUGGUGGGAGGCCUCUUCAAAAACAUCAAAUACAACCUGGAUUUCUGGCGGAGAAACGUGCACAUCAACGACAACGUCCUUCACUCAGCAUACGAAUUCGGAGUGCAGAAAGUCGUCUCCUGCCUUUCUACCUGCAUCUUCCCGGACAAGACCACCUAUCCUAUCGACGAGUCCAUGAUUCACAACGGGCCCCCACACGGCUCCAAUUUUGGGUAUUCGUACGCCAAGAGAAUGAUCGACGUUCAGAACAGGGGGUAUUUCGAACAGCAUGGCUGCCGAUUCACGGCCGUGAUCCCCACCAAUGUCUUCGGACCUCAUGAUAACUACAACAUCGAGGACGGGCAUGUCCUUCCGGGACUGAUCCACAAGGUGUACCUGGCAAAGAAAAAUGGCACGGCUCUCACUGUCUGGGGAACAGGAAAGCCCAGGAGACAAUUCAUCUACUCUCUGGACCUGGCACGUCUCUUCCUCUGGGUCCUAAGGGAGUACGACGAGGUGGAGCCCAUCAUCCUCUCAGUUGGAGAAGAAGACGAGGUCUCUAUCAGGGAAGCUGCGGAGAACGUCGUGGAAGCCAUGGAUUUCAAGGGAGAACUCAUUUUUGACACGACAAAAUCCGACGGCCAGUUCAAGAAAACAGCCAGCAACGGCAAGCUGAGGCGGUGCAUGCCCGACUUCCAGUUCACGCCGUUCAAACAAGCUGUGAAGGAAACUUGCGACUGGUUCAACGCGCACUAUGACAUCGCCCGGAAGUGACCAGCACACCAAAGCCGUUGUGAUUAGCGGCCAACACUGCCCUGGAGGUUCCUCUGAGACUCAGGGUUUUCCUUUGCUGGAGCAGAGGAGGGGACGCGUGAGGGCGUUUGGGGCUGUGAAAUGAUGCUGGAGAUACAGCUUUUCCAAAGUAGAAUUUGAGAGGGGUGGGGAAUGGAAUUGGGGGGCAGAGAGAUCCUGAACGGCCAAAUCACUGAUAAGCUCAGCAAACAUGAGUGAGAAAUGUGUAGCAUUAGGGGUGGAGAUACCCUGUCUUUCUCUGUGACGCAGGACUCACACUACUAGUCAUCUCAGCCAGCCAGGGGCGUAGAACUUCAUGGGGUGGAAUGGGGAGAAACUCUCUGUUCAGGGAUCAAAGUGAAUCUUUGUUAAAAGGUUCCAAAAAUGCAAAGACUGAGGCAUCCCCCGCAAUGCUUCCAACAUUCCU